AUGUUCAACCAGUUACUACAUAAACAGCUUGGUAACAAGCGACUACUAACGCGAUCAUACGCUGAUAUAAUAAAUGAGAUUCGAAAGAAAUCAACAGAGUCGGCGCCUAAAGCGAAUCGAUUUGCCCAGCAGUAUUCGCAACCUAAGACAGAUCAAAAAGGAUCCCACCUGGGAGUUCGACAAAGAAAUCAUAGCCAUAAGGGAAGUGGAGCUCAAGCUUCAGGCCACAGUGGCUCCAAAAAACCAUUUUACAAAGUACAACGUGCAUCACCUCAUGGAAAAUCGCAGCCACGUGCAGUUGGCAGAAACAACUCAAAUCCAAAUGGAAUGAGAGACUUUGACAAACAAUUUGCAUCAGCAACUCCACAGCUCACAAAGGAGGAAAUUGAAAGACAAAAGAUGCUCAAGUAUGAAGAGCUUCGUAGAGAUUUAGCCAGACAAGAGCAGCAAGAGAGACAUCAACGUGAAGACACAGUACACAUCCAACAGUUGAAGAAGCGUAAAGUUAGAAAAGUCAAAGAACAGAGAAAACCAUUGGUCAAGAUCCAGCUUCCGCCAUUCAUUUCUGUCUCUAAUUUAGCAACAAUCAUGCAAGUGCCGUUAAACGACGUGUUUAAAAAAUUGGAAGGAUUGGGUUUUGAAGAUAUUCGUCAUUCCUACAUUUUAGACAAGGAGAACGCAGCCUUGAUUGCAGAUGAGUAUGACAUUGAAGUUGAGACAGUCGCUCAGUCUGAUGAUGAUUUAUUUCCUGAGCCCGUGAAGGAAGAGUUGUUAAAAGAAAGACCUCCAGUGGUUACUAUUAUGGGCCAUGUUGACCAUGGAAAAACCACCAUUCUUGAUUACUUGAGGAAAUCUUCAAUUGUUUCAGGUGAAUUUGGAGGAAUUACACAACACAUUGGUGCAUUUUCAGUACUUACACCUAAAUCACACAAAAAGAUUACCUUUUUGGAUACACCGGGGCAUGCUGCGUUUUUGAAAAUGAGAGAAAGGGGCGCAAUUAUUACUGAUAUUGUUAUUCUUGUGGUUGCUGCUGAUGAUUCAGUCAUGCCGCAAACAAUCGAAGCCAUAAAACACGCAAAGAAGGCAGGUGUACCAAUGAUUGUUGCGUUGAACAAAUGUGAUAAACCUGGUGUUAAUGUCGAUAAAGUACUUGGCGACCUAGCUGCACAAGAUAUCGAUAUUGAGGAUUAUGGUGGAGAAACGCAAACCGUGCAGGUUUCAGGUAAAACCGGGUUAAACAUGGACAAAUUAGAAGAGGCAAUCAUCACCUUGAGUGAAUUGAAUGAUUUUAAAGCAGAGGAAAAAGGGGUGGCUGCUGAAGGUUGGGUGAUUGAAUCGGAAUUAGUGAAAGGCAUGGGAAAUGUUGCAACUGUUUUAGUACGUCGUGGAUCAUUGAAGAAUGGUGAUGUGAUUGUUGCUGGUGAAACAUUUUGUAAAGUCAGAGGAAUGAAGGAUGAAAAAGGAAGAGUUGUCAAAGUAGCUGGUCCUUCAACACCAGUUCAAAUAUGGGGAUGGAAAGAAUUGCCUGAUAGUGGUGAUCAUAUAAUCCAAGCCAAGCUGGAACAAAUUGCAAAGAAAGUGAUUGACUAUCGUGUCACUCGAGCACAACAGAUCCAAGCAUCAAGGGAUAUUGAAAAUAUUAAUAUCAAACGAGCUGAGGAGAUUAAAGAAGCUGAACGGUUGGAGAAGAUUGCCGAGUUGAAAAAAGCUGGUUUAGAUUCCAGCGAAUUGGAAAAAGAGGCGCAAGAUACGAGAGUCACAAAGUGCAAUUACAUUAUAAAGUCUGACGUAUUUGGAUCGGCAGAGGCUAUCAAGGAGAGCAUUCAUGAAUUGGGGAACGAAGAAGUUCAAUCUUGUGUUAUUUCCCACUCUGCUGGAGCACCUACUGAUAGCGAUAUCGACAUGGCAAAAACCUUCGAUGCGACUAUAUUCUGCUUCAACAUUAAACCAAUGAAACAAAUUCUUCAAAGAGCUGAAAAAGAAAAGGUCAAAAUAGUUGAGCACAACAUCAUUUAUAGGUUGAUUGAGCAAGUCACUGACGAACUUAGCUCACACUUGAAGCCAAGGAUUGAGACAAAAAUUCUUGGUGAAGUUGAUGUCAAGGACAUUUUCACCAUUACUCAAGGAAAAUCAAAGAUCAAAGUUGCUGGCUGUAAAGUGGCUACAGGAGUGAUCAAACGUUCAUCAGAUGUCAAAGUCAUGAGAGGUGAUAAAGAAGUGUUUAAAGGCACCUUGUCUUCUUUGAAACAUGUGAAGGAUGAUAUAAGCGAGGCUCGUAAGGGAAAUGAAUGUGGAUUAGGGUUCCACAACUGGACUGGGUUUGAAGCCGGGGAUAAAAUUUUGGUGUAUGAAGAGAUUGAACAUAAGAGAUACUUGUAA